AUGGUCGAUCGCGAUGCUGCGAACGCAGUACCCUCGUGGUCCAGCAUAUCGACAGAUUUCCUUCGCGCAGAGUUGGCAAGACGAGAUGGGGGCUCUGCGAAGCCGCAGUGCGGAUCGGGAAUUAAGGGAAGCUAUAACACGGCCGCCCAUGUAUUCGCCUUGAUCCUCAUAUUGGUGUUGAGCACAGUUGCUUGCGGAUUCCCCCUCAUAUCUCGUCGAUCAUCUAAGUCCGCCGGACCUAGCAGAUUCGUCUUCCUAUCACAACAUUUCGGAACAGGAGUCUUGAUUGCCACAGCUUUCGUCCAUCUUCUCCCAACGGCCUUCAUAUCCCUUACCGACCCAUGCCUCCCCUACUUCUUUAGCUUUGGAUAUCACCCUCUCGCAGGACUGAUAGCAAUGUUCUCUGCGCUGGUGGUUGUUGGGCUGGAGAUGUUCUUGACAACACGAGGGGCGGGGCAUUCACAUUCACACUCACAUGGUGGGCCGUGGGAUUCUGUUCCAGAAGGCGAUGAAGAAGACCACUCUCAGCAUACUAAUGGUUCAGCAGAGCCCCCAAGGAAAAUUGCCAAUGGCAGAUUGGGGAAAUUAGGUCUAAAUAAUCGACCAAAAGAUAUAGCUUUGGAGGACAUGGAAGCAACGGAAGGACUGGUUGCUGGACUUUCACCACUUCCUGUCGCAACUCCGAAUGUUAGCGAUCAUGGUGGUGACAAAUACCACGACGGGAAUGACGAAAACGAUUCAGAUCUCGAUCUCGACGAGCUCGAUCCAACAACGGAAUCCUUCAGUCCCCCGUCUCGAACGAAUUCUGCACCAGCUCCUCUGGCAAAAGCGGGUCUCUCUCCAGAAGAGCAGCGAAAACGACAAAUACUACAAUGCCUACUUCUCGAAGCGGGUAUUCUCUUCCACAGUAUAUUCAUAGGGAUGGCAGUUUCAGUUGCCACAGGCCCUCCAUUUGUGGUCUUCCUCAUUGCAAUCGCCUUCCAUCAGUCCUUCGAAGGGCUCGCGCUUGGCUCCCGAAUAGCAGCCAUCAAUUUCCCACAUCACUCCCCCAGACCGUGGAUUAUGGUCCUUGCGUAUGGCACUACGACACCAAUUGGCCAAGCAAUUGGCUUGGUCGUGCAUAAUCUAUAUGACCCACAGAGUGCAGCGGGUUUAUUAAUGGUUGGCUUUAUGAAUGGGAUUUCUUCGGGACUCCUUCUCUUCGCAGGCCUUGUUCAAUUGCUUGCCGAAGAUUUUUUGAGCGAUAAAAGUUAUGGAAUUCUGAAGGGACGAAGGAGGUUGGAAGCUUUUUGCGCCGUAAUUGGAGGCGCUACACUGAUGGCGUUAGUGGGGGCUUGGGCUUGA